CGAAUGAUUUGGAGUUCUUUGGUUGUUGCUGUGUAACAUACCGUGUCUCGUGUCGUAAAUUUCGAGUGCGUAUAUUUAUUUUGCUCUUCUUGCUACUUGUUAAAAGAAACUAUUCGAUUAGCAGUACAGUAAACAAAGAUGAUGCAAAUUCACGUUCGCGGUGUGUCUAACCACGUUGUUGAGUGUGAAGGAAGUGAAUCCAUCGCACAGAUCAAGGAUCAAAUCUGUCACCUGGAAGGUGUGGAGAAUGUUGGUGAUACUUUCUUGUACUGUGCUGGAUCUCCAUUAGCAGAUGAUGUUACAGUGGCUGCACUGCCAUCCCUCGAAUUAGAUUUCACUGUUAGCUUAAAAGGAGGAAAAGUCCAUGGAUCCUUAGCUCGAGCAGGGAAGGUUAAGGGUCAGACACCAAAGGUUGAGAAGCAAGAAAAGAAAAAGAAGAAGACUGGCCGAGCCAAAAGAAGAAUCCAAUAUAAUCGUCGAUUUGUCAAUAUUGUACAGACAUUUGGUCGUAGAAAGGGACCUAAUUCUAACUCUUAAAUUUCUAGAAUGGGAAGUGCAAUAUGAUUUGCAUGUAAAAAUGCUUGGAUUGAUGAUAAUCUUAAGUGUGAGGGAGUUAUGUUACCAAACAUUGGCAUCUUGUAAUGUACAGAUUUUUGUGUAUCAAUAAACAAAUUAUUUGAUGUUAAA